GCACGUGGUCACGGAGACCCGCCACACGGUCACCGGGCCCUCCUUCCCGUUGAAGGACGGCGUGGUCACCGUCACGCACCACACCUACACCGGGCCCAACGGUGAGGUGUCUCUCUGGCAUGGGCCCACCGGUGAGGUGACGCACCACACGUGGCACGGGCCCACUGGUGAUAUGACGGACCACUCGUGGACAGGGCACAGUGAAGAUAGUGGGCGCAUUGAUUGCUGCUUGGCACGAAAGGGGAUGCGAAUGGCCGGCAGCUCGGGCCACACGGGCAUGAAGAACUGGCAAAGCUGGUCGAAUGAGCACAUGCUGUUCUGCUGCAAGCACUACGGCUUAGCUUGUCCCUUCGACUGCUUCACAGGCACGCCGGAGCUGUGGCCGCCGGGCCAGCGGCAGUGGUGCUGCGAGAACUCCCGCGUGGGCUGCGGCGCCCAUGGCCAGCGCUACGACUGCGACGCGGGCUUCAGCCGGUGGCAGAGCACCUGGACUCCUUCGAAGAAGCAGUGGUGCUGUGCCAACUUCAACCGCGGCUGCCAGGAGACAGGGGCGCAGGGCUGCGACGCGCUGUGUCGCACUCAUGUGGGGGACAUGUCCUGCCUGGAGCGCGUGCGGUCACUGGCUGAAAGCACCGCGUGCAGAGAAGCUUUUGAGCGAGUUCAGGAGGACUGCCCUUCCUGCGGGACCUGCACACUGCAAAGCGCCUGCGAGGAGCAUCGGUGGGCGGAUGAGCAACUGCAGGCGCCGGAGGAAUGGAGCUAAUUCGUUGCCUUCGGGCUGCGGUUUCCCCAAGUUGGCCGGCGGGGAACACAUGCGCCGGCCGCCGGUCGGCGGCGCUUCUUCGGUCGGCGGCAGGCUGCGCCCAUA